AUGCUGGCUUUAAGCUUCAGUGUUACUAGAGCUUCAACUUGUGGUAAAUUUGAGUGUCAUGAAAAUGCUAACUGUGGUGUGAACCACACUACUCUAGAGCAAUAUUGUGAUUGUAAAACGGAUUACACGAAAACUGAACUAGAAAAUAAUGUCUAUUGUUGUUCGAAAGUGGAGGAAGAUUGUGCUGUAAAUCGUAAAUGCAGCAGUAAUUUGAAGUGCAAAGAAAUCGGUGCAGAAGAUUUAGAGGAAAGUAAAGAGCUGGAUGUGUCUCUUAGUUGUCCAGAAUCUGAGAAGUGUCCAGACAAAUGCUGUGCUGUAAACGAAAUAUGCAGUGUGGCGGAAAAGAAGUGUGUUUCUAAAGAUAAUUCAGAUGAGAAUAAUGAAAUCGAUUCGACUCCCAUCUGUCCUGCAGCCCAAAAGUGUCAAGAGAAAUGCUGUGCUGAAGACGAAGAAUGUGAUAAUGAAACAAGUGAAUGUGUUCCGAAAGAAAGUCAACAUUUACCAGCUAAAGUGAAUAAUUCUAAUGAGGAUUCGGUUACUGUCUGCGAUAAGUGUCCAGACAAAUGCUGUGCUGAAAAUGAAAUAUGCAGUAAGGCUGAUAAUAAGUGUGUUUCUAAAGAUACUUUAGAUGAUAAUGAUCUUAGUGAUAUAGUUUUGACUCCAGUCUGUCCUGCAGCCCGAAAGUGUCUAGAGAAAUGCUGUGCUGAAGACGAAGAAUGUGAUAAUGAAGCAAGUGAAUGUGUUUCCAAAGACACAACAUAUUUACAAGCUAAAUUGGAUACUCCUAAUGAUGAUUCGGAUAUAGUCUGCGAUAAGAACCAACAGUGUGCAGACAAAUGCUGUGCUGAAAAUGAAAUAUGCAGUAAGGCUGAUAAUAAGUGUGUUUCGAAAGUUAAUUCAGAUGAGAAUGAUCUUACUGAUAUCGUUUUGACUUCAGUCUGCCCUGCAGCCCGAAAGUGUCAAGAGAAAUGCUGUGCUGAAGACGAAGAAUGUGAUAAAGAAGCAAAUGAAUGUGUUUCCAAAGACACAACACAUUUACAAGCUAAAGUGGAUACUCCUAAUGAUGAUUCGGAUAUAGUCUGCAAUGCGAACCAACAGUGCUCAGACAAAUGCUGUGCUGAAAACGAAAUAUGCAGUGUGGCGGAAAACAAGUGUGUUCCUGCAGAUAAUUCAGAUGAAAAUGAUUCAACUACCACCAUUACUGAGCAAAUCACUGAAUCCACAAUGCAACCUACUACAAUUAACAAUGUUUAUAUUACGAAAGAAACCACCACAUCAUAUGUUCUCCCUAUUAAAGAUACUGAGGACACCACUGUUUCUUCGCUGCAAUCUACUAUAGCGGACAACAAUGUUAAAUUUACACAAACUGCAUCCACAGAUGAAUCUACAGCAACUGAAGAAGUUACUACAGCUUCAAUGAAUUGUCCGCUAAAACAAAAGUGUCUCAACAAGUGUUGUUCCUCUCACGAGUUAUGCAACGAUCAGCAGAAAUGUGUUAAUAGCGAUCCAGGAGAUUUCUGGGAUUUAUUUGGUUUCUCCAAUGAAGAAAUUGCUAAUGCUAAAACCACCAACAAACAGGCAAAUAAUGAUAUCAAACCAAAAUUAACAUGUCACAGCGAUCAGCAACUCUGCCACGAUCAAUGCUGCAGUGCUCAACAAACAUGCAAUGACAUGCAGCAGUGUAUUGCAAAAACUAACGUUUGCAGUCCCGGGCAAAUUUGUGCGGAGAAUGCAAAAGUUAGCACUGAAAAGGCAGCCAUGGCUUAUACAAUGAUCGGAUCCGGCAUUCUAGUGGCAACAUUGGCAUUUGGUGCUUUUAAGUUGUAUGAUUUUAGGCGUUCAAAAAGGAAUUUAUAUUAA